AUGUUUGAACACCUUUCCUGUUCCUUCACCUUCUUUCUGCACGGAGAGAGCAAUGUCUGCACAAGUGUUGAAAUUGCCCAACACCAACCUGUGUACCUUGUUAAUGAAGAGCACAUCAACAUGGCACUAUCAUCAGCCACACCUUUCCAAGUGAUCAUUAGCCCGUUUGGACUGAAUGGCACACUUACAGGACAGACAUACAAGAUGUCUGAUCCAGCUACAAGGAAAUUGAUUGAAGAAUGGCAAUACUUCUAUCCAAUGGUACUAAAAAAGAAGGAAACAAAGGAGGAAGAAGAGAUGGAUUGUGAUGAUGACUUCCCUGUAGCUGUUGAGGUUAUUGUUGGUGGAGUGAGAAUGGUAUACCCAUCAGCUUUCGUAUUGAUUCCUCAGGGGGAUAUCCCUGUAGUUUCAAAUGCUGCUAAUGCAGGAGGCCAUACAAAUCCAACACAAGGAUCAGUAAGUGUGAAGGACUCCUUAAGUUGUGGAUUGCCACUCACACCACCCACCUCUCCUGAGCAGACUAUAAUAGGUGAUGGGAUUGCACAGACUGUCACUGGCCAAAUGAAUGGACAAGAAGGAGUGGCAACUGCAUCAAGCCCAAAACAUUCUGGUAGAAUUCCUCAGAAAGUAACCAAUCAGAUGGUUCAGAAAGUCUGGAAAGAAUGCAAUUUGAACAAAACACAACUGAAGUAA